AUGUUGAGUCGUCUUUCGGCCGUGGUGGCCUCCAUUUUGGUUCACCAGCUACACGUUUUGUGUGCCGCCACCUCAUUAGGUGCUAAGCCGUUUCCUGGACUGGAAAACCUGCCGAGGUCGUUCUGGCAUGAGCUCAGUUCGCCUUUUACCGAGGUAUACGAGGUGGAAAGUUUCGCGACAGAAACUGGCGGCACUCCUGAGCCCAGGCCCUUUUUCGAAGAUCCAGAGACCAACAUUACUGUGCAACUCGGUGCUCAAGUAUAUAUGCACUGCAGAGUACAAAACCUGCAGGAUACUUUCAAGGUGUCCUGGGUUCGCAGACGUGGAGACGAGCUACAUUUGCUCACGAUCGGUCGGGACACGUACGCGAGCGACUCGAGGUUCUCGCUGGCCUUUGAGAAGCCAAAUGAUUGGCGGCUGUUUUUGAGCUCGGCUAUCGAACGAGACGGCGGCCUGUACGAGUGUCAAGUCAGUGCUCAUCCUCCAUUAAUCAGAACUGUCCAUCUGACCGUGUCAGGAGUGCACAUACUUCUGCGUGCAGAAUUCUUCCAAUUCAAAUCAAUUUGUGAAGAAAAGCACAAUAUCAGCCAAGAACUUUCAUCAUUGUUCGAGGACUCACGAACCACCGACAAGAAGGAGACACUGCCGAAGGUGGAGAUCGUCGACGAGCACGGCGCUACCGCCGGUGACAAAUUCUACAAAGCUGGCAGCACGAUAGAAUUGAAGUGUGUGGUCAGCAAUAUACCACAGCCUACCGGGUACGUUACGUGGCGGCAUGGAUCCCGAACGUUGAAUUACGACACCACUCGUGGAGGAAUCAGAGCUGUUAAAGGUUUCCCAGAGGGUCACUGCAUCUAUAGAUGCUCCAGAGAAUCUGUGGACUUGGAUAAUUCUAUACGGGAGUCUCGGUUCCUUGUCACAGGUUUCUGCCUGGUUAAGGACAACAGGAGAACUCCGCCACCUUAA